AUGCUGCCGGGGCGUGGCACAACCGGCCUUGCUCGCGGCGAUGCAAAGGUCUCAAAUGGCCUAGCCGGAGGGGCUCGCUUGCUUCUGCCAAACGAGGCCGUCGCAGAUGCGCUCGCCGAUGCGGCCCCCCUCGCGUUGCCGCUGCUCGACCUGCCGGGCCCGCCGGCCGCGCAAUCGGCCCCUGCCGACGCCGCCCCCUCUGAGGGCGUGGGCGACCUGGUAUCUGGCGCGCUAGAUCAGGUGUCAGACGCCGCCACGCAGCUGACAGAGAAGGCCGCUGACCUGGCGGACGCCGCCGGCGAGGUGGCCGCGCAGGCAGCGAGCGGCGCGGCCGCGGCGGCGGAGGGCGUGGUGAGCUCGCUGGCUGGCCUGGCCGACGGAUUCAAGGACGCGGUGGGCGGCGCGCUGGGCGACAGCUUGGGUGACAGUGUUGGCGGCCUGGCCGACGGACUGAAGGGCGCGGUGGGUGGCCUGGGUGACAGCUUGGGCGACAGCGUGGGCGGUCUCGCUGACGGAUUCAAGGGCGCAGUGGGAGGCCUGGGUGACAGCGACAGCGCCGGCGGCACGGCGGGCGGCGUGGGCGGCGCGCUGGGCGGUGCGGCGGACAGCGUGGGCGACGCGCUGGGCGACUCGCUGGGCGGAGCGGUAGACGACGUGGGCGGCGCGCUAGGCGGCGCAGCAGACAGCGUGGGCGGUGCGCUGGGCGGCGCGCUGGGCGGUGUGGGUGGCGCGUUGGGCGGCGCAGCGGACAGCGUGGGUGGCGCGCUGGGCGGCGUGGGCGGCGCGCUGGGCGGCGCCGCUGGCACCGUCAAAGGUGCUGUGGGCGGCGUAGCGGACGGUGUCUCAGGCGCCCUGGGCGGCGUGGGCAGCAGCGUCUCGAGCGCGCUGGGCGGCGCGGCGGCCGGCGCGGCGGCCGGCGCGUCGGGCGCGCUGUCUGUGGCCAAGGGGCAGCUGGAGGGGGUGACGAGCACUGUCCAGGCCGGCCUGGGGGACGCGACAGCGGUCGCGGCAGGCGCGCUGGGCCAGGCGACCGACGCGGUGAGCGGCGCCGUGGGCGCGGUGGCAGACACUGUGGGCGGCGCCGCCAACAGCGCCGCCGCCGCCGUCCAGGGGGCGACCGGCGCGGCGACGGCGCAGGUCGCGGCGCUCGCGGGGCAGGUCACCUCGGCCGUCGACGCGGCGGCCGCCCAAGCCCUCGGCGCGCUGCCCGAGCCCGCGCGCGACGCACUGCUCGCCGUCGGCGGCGCGGCGGCGGCAGGCGCGGCCGUGGUCGCGGAGCACCCCCGGGCGGCCGCGGUCGCCGCGACGGCGGUGGGGGUGCAGGCGGCGGUGUCGUGGUACCAGGCGCGCUACGCGGGGUACGCGGGCGAGGCGUCGCCGGAGCAGCUGGCUGCGCUGCUGCAGGAGGGGGACGCGCUGCUGGUGGACAUCCGCAGCCCCGCGCAGCGCGAAGCGGAGGGCGUGCCGGAGCUGAAGCUCGGGGCGCGCUUUAAGGUGGUGGCCUUCCCCGUGGAGGAUGACGUGGUGCCGUCGCGCGUGGCCAAGCUGGUGGGCAACGUGCCGGAGCUCAAGCUGCUGACCAGCGCGGCGCUCAUCGCCGGCCUCAAGCAGGUCAAGGGCCCCAUGACGCGCGUGGUGGUCAUGGACCGCGACGGCGGCGAGCCCGCCCGCGCCCUCGCGCGCGCCCUCACGUCCCUCAACCAGCCGCUCUCCUACGUCCUCUCCGGCGGCUACCGCGGCUGGCGCGACGCGGCGGGCCUGCCCGUGGUCGAGGCGGCCGACUACAGCGCCGACGCGGGCGCGCUGAUCUCCGACAACGUUGAGGUGGUGGUGGCCCGGGCCCAGGAGCUGUCCAAGCCGCAGACCGCGGUCCCGCUGGUCGGCGGGCUGGUGCUGGCCGUGGUGGCGGCGGUCAACUACCACAAGACCCUCGAGUACCUGGGCGUGCUGGGCGUGCUGCUGACGGCAACCAACAAGGCGCUCAGCUACAGCAGCCCGCAGGAGGCACUGGAUGACAUCAACAAUGUGUUUGGCAAGCUGGGCGGCCUGGCCGACAAGGCAGGCCAGGUCCUGCCCAAGAAGCCCAGCCGGCCCAUCCCUGCCAUCCAGCUGUCACUGGAUGACGCGGUCCGCCCCGCGGGCGAGGGCGGCGCCAAGGAGCGGCCGCAGGGCCGCCCCGGGGGCGAGGGCGGCAUCAAGGAGGGCGCAAUCUCAGACGUCUUGGCGGCGGAGGGGGAGGGCAACUCUUGA